AUGGCCGACAACAACACGUCUCGCCUCAAAAUAGCUCUGGUUGCCGAGCAAAGAUCAACAUAUCUCAAACUUGGCUAUACGAAUGAGGAGUGUGCCGCGCUGACGCAUGACGGUGAGGUCAAGGCCGUUGCAGCCGGGCUCGAAAGCCUGGGACAUGAUGUCACCAUCGUCCCGGGGGUCUCGUCACUCGUCGAGCACCUAGCGGCCGGGAAACACAAGAACUGGGAUCUGGCCUUUAACAUGGCGCAAGGGUUCCAUGGACCCGCGAGAGAGUCGCACGUACCGGCACUGCUGGAGGCCUACCUGAUCCCAUACACGUUUUCCGACGCCGCAACCAUGGCAUUGUGUCAGAACAAGGCAAACACAAAGAUAAUCCUGAAUCAUCACGGAGUCCCCAGCGCCCCCUUCAUGGUCAUCCCAAGCGAGCACCUGAGCAUCCAUGCUACGCUGCCGCCAGAAUAUCCGCUCUUCGUCAAGCCCGCCACAGAGGGCUCGUCCAAGGGAAUCGACAGAUUCAACAAGGUGAACAACUAUGCGGAGCUCGAGCUGGCAGUCCAGAAACUAAAGGCCAAGUUCCCCGGGCAGGACAUAUUGGUGGAGUCGUUUCUGUCGGGCAGAGAAUUCACGGUAAGCAUUCUGGGAACCGGGUCUCACAGCAGAGUCGUGGGCAUUAGGGAACAUAUCUGGCAGACGUUCCCCGAGAACGGAUACCAUGCGACGGAGGAAUUUGCAAGCUGGAAGAGCAAGCUUAGCGAAGGGUGUCUGCUGCGCUACAACGAUGCCCACGACAUGGAUGAUCCCCAAGUAAAGGCCGCCUGCCAAGUUGCCUUGGACACUUGGACUGCGUUGGGCUGCCGCGAUGCCGGGCGCGUCGACAUUCGCUUCAACUCUGACGAUGCCGACGCCAUUCCGAAUGUACUAGAGGUGAACCCGAUUGCCGGCCUCCUUCCGGGCCAUUCGCCGCUUCCAGCCAGCGCCGAGGAGAACGGGCUCUCGUUCGAAGCCCUGUUGACAGCAAUCAUCAAGAGUGCUCUCCGACGCAAUCUCCCCGACAGUCCCACUUGGGGUCGUUGA